AAUUGCAACAGCCUGAUUUGCAUUUUGCUGUCAACAGAGGCUUCCCCCGAUCAGUAGCGGCGAAGUUGAGCUGAUGGACAAAACUCUCCGAGUCGCCGUUGGCGUGUGCACCACUCUGCUUUUGCUGGGAAAACCGAACUGGAUAGGUGCUGCGGAGGAUGGGGAUUCCGUCAGCAGGGACUCCGCCUCUGCUGGGGAAGGAGGGAAGGACAUCCCAAUGUUCUAUGUCACAACCAUCCUGGAAAAGCCUUAUGUGAUGGCCAAAGGCGCAGAGCUCGAGGGCUACUGCAUCGACCUGCUGGAGAAGCUCUCCAGAAUGCUACACUUCAAGUACAAGGUGGGCAUCGUCAAGGACGGGAGGUAUGGAGCGCUGAGUUCCGGAGGAAACUGGUCCGGGAUGAUCGGAGAGAUUGUGAGGAAGGAAGCCGACCUGGCGGUUGCUCCGUUGACCAUCACAUCGGUGAGGGAGGAUGUCGUUGACUUCACCCAACCUUUCCUGCACACAGGAAUCGGGAUCUUGCUUGAGAAGGACACUUCCUUCGAGGAGGCUUCCCUCUUCCAUUUCAUGACCCCCUUCAGCAAGGAGACCUGGUGUGGCGUCCUGGUGGCUUACGUGUUCUCUAGCCUUUGCUUGUUCCUCGCUGCCAGAAUGAGCCCUUGCGAAUGGGAUGGAAACGAAGAGACCAGCUUCACGCUCAUGAACAGCCUGUGGUUUGGAGUGGGGGCGUUCACCUUGCAAGGUACCGUGCCCCGACCCAAGUCUCUCUCCGUACGGAUAAUUUCUGCCAUCUGGUGGCUGUUCAGCAUAGUGCUACUGACCGCGUACAUCGCUGGCUUCAGCUUUGUUUUGGAGUCGGGCUCUGAGCAGAUCUCCAUCCAGACCUUUGAAGACCUGGUGAAGCAAGGGAAGCUGGAGUUUGGGACCAUGGAAAGCUCUUCCACACUCCAGUAUUUCAAGAACUCCAAGAACCCGAUCCAGCAGUUGGUCUAUGAGUCCAUGAACAAGAAGAAGGACACUGUUUUUGCAAAGAGCUACGAGGAGGCAAUUCAGCGCGUGCUGGAUUCAAAUUAUGCUUUCAUCGGAGAGUCCAUCUCUCAAGACCUUGCUGUUGCCCAGCACUGCAACCUGAUCCGCUCUCCAGAGGUCAUAGGGGCAAGGGGGUUUGGCAUCGCCACACCAAAAGGAUCCCCCUGGACUAACGAACUGUCCGUGGCCAUCUUGAAGCUCGGAGAAUCUGGCGAUCUAGACUACCUCAAGAGCAAGUGGUGGGAGAGCAGCUGCUCCGACGUAGAUCACGACAAGUGGAGCCCGCUGAAGCCUCAAGCGCUGGGUGGGAUCUUCCUCAUCCUUGCCCUGGGCCUUGCCUUGGGAAUGGUCAUCGCUGUGGUUGAGCUAUCCAAAAAAAGCCGGCACACUGCAGAUCAGGAGAAGAAAUCUUGCUGCGCCGUGUUCACCAAGGAGCUGAGCCAACGCUUCCGGCCGAGAGAAGGGACGCCGCAAGAGAGUGCAGGGAAAUCGAAGCCAUGAGUCAACGUAGGAAAAGCAAAAGGCCAAACCUUAAUGAACUUCUCCCCUUUUUUAAAAGCAACUCUGCUAUGCCUUACUUAGUGGCGCUCGCUUGAGAGCUCUUCCUAACAAUAGAGGGGGUGUCUGGCUAAAAUCUAGCGUAGGUUCUCUGUAAUAACACAAAACCCUCUCCCCAUAUGUAACGUUGCAAACCGCAGGUGACUGUACCAGUUUGUUCGGGGGCUUGCUAGCGCCUGGGUCCUGGGUGUUUUUAACAUUUUACCGGUGUCUGUAAACCACAGCCUUGGCAGGAUAACCAAUGCUGAUAGCAGUUGUUGGAAGAACCUUAGUGAAAGCUAUGCAAAUAAUUCGUUCAGAAGUCUAAGGAGAAGCAGCAGCACCAUUGGCUUGUAGGGAGGUGUGCGGGUGGGCAGACACAGUGGCGAUAAAGUGUAGUCCAUAGCAAGCUUUUUCAAGAGCAAGUUGCUAGUCCUCAAGGAGCUUGAAAGCAUGCCUAAUGAAAGGAGGAAAUGCUGUAGACUGGAGGGAGGGUUGCAUGUGUUGUUUCAGGUGCCUGCAGAUCUCCUCCUUUACAAGAAACAUAAAUUGUGGAAGUGUGCUCAACAUGCGGAACAGAUGCAGGUAGAAAGAGUUUCUUGACCUUUCCUUGGCCCAGAGCAUUAUUUGCAUUUAGUGCUGAGUAUAAGCAGCCUUAAAUGGCACUCCUGUGGACCUGUUCAGCUGUGUUAUUGGCAAGUUGCUGAGAAGGAGGUGGUGUUUUUAAUCAAAUGCUUAACGGAAGCCUAGGUUUUGCAGAUGAAGCUAGGAAGUGCUUCCAUCGCAAAAGAGCUGGCAGGUGCCCCCAGCUGUAGUAAAGACUAGUACCAACUUUCCCAAAUGCCUCAAUGCAGCACAGAUUUGCAUGCGCUUAAACUCACUGAGAUCGGUGUCCCCGACUGUGUUGCGUUGUGUGGCCUAGAGUUCCGACAGCUUUUCCUCUUUUUUUUGUGCGUUCAAGCUUGCUCACAAACCGCAGUAGCACAUGAGCACCUGGGGGGACAGCAGCAUUGGCCCAGGUUGUAACAGCAGAGGGCACAAAGGUCUGCCGCAAGUUACUUCUUUUAAUAUGUGCUGGGGAUUUAAAACAAAACGGCAGAUACAAGCUACCGCUACACAGAGCUUUCUCUCUCUCCCUGUAGAAGUCUCUUCUAAAACCCUCUCUGCAAGCCAACCACCCUGCCUUACAAACGGAACAAAAGAAUUAGCAACAUUUUUAUGUAUCACAAAAGUCAUCUAAAUAAAAGCAAGUUAUGACCAA